AUGGACUUGGAUCUAAUUAUGAACCGAGGGCCGAAACGGCGACGGUUAGGCCAAAGCGAGGAGCAACCCCAGAGAAACGAUACUCGAUAUCUCACACCUUCGAACUGGUCUGACCCCGGACCUGCAGCACCAACGACCUCAACUCAACACUACGAGUGGGCAUCAUAUGGUAAUGCUCAACCUAUGUGGAACGAGAACUCGAGAAAUGCUACGCCAGUUGCGAGCGUAACGAACUACCACAUCGGUAACUGGGACGGUUACUCUUAUCCUUACCAGCCACAGAACACUGCAGGGGGCGCGCCGAUAUGUUCCUACCCGAACGGUGUCAGCUCUCCCUGGCCUUCGUUUCCUAACCCCACUCCUCAAUUUCAUGAGCCAUCGCAAAACCUUAUGCCGAUGUUUGCAACAUCAUACAAUCAGUAUCCUAUCUAUAAUGCCCCCAUGGUUCAGCCAACUGCCAGCUUUCGACAAUGGACAGAGUUAUCCGUGGACAAUACCCCACCACAAUCGAUACCGUAUCACAGCGACCUAUCACAGAGUCAAACAGUCGAUGUUAAACCUUCCUCAGUACUGCCCAAUCCGCAUGAAGGAGUGUAUGAAGUGGCCGACGAAGUAGAUGAUGAAGGAUAUGAGGAGAUAGUGUGCUUUGGAAUGGUCCCGUAUAUUUCUGCCAAAUUUGAUCAAAACAGAACAACGCAAGGUUUACCAACAUCGUUCCCAGUCAAGCUACAGGGUUCGACUCGCUUUUCUGGUAAAGACCUGCCCAACGUGUCUGGGCAGAUAUCGCCGGAUUAUAGUCAAAUGAUACAGGAGCUCCUUGAUGAGACAUACCUCGAACUUCAUGCCUCAUGCAUCGUUGAUAGUUUCCAAACUUUGAACGCCCAGAAACAAUCCCGUGGUCCUUUAACAAUCUCAUGCAGUUUGGAAAUCUCGGUUUAUGGCCCUCUGAAUAUUUUUGAAGAGUUAGGAACCUGGUUUGAGCACUACCAGGUGUACUUACAAGAUCCUCGAGAAUGUCAUCGCGAAGCCAGAUACUGCAACCCCCACCGACUCUCAACGGACGAUAUUUCCGCUUGCCCACUCCUAUCUGACGUUAUAUCUCAGAGCUCACAUUCUUUACAGUUAGAGUUGAUUACUCAACAAUCUGACCUAUUAGACGAGCUGUGUAGCCACCAGAACCUGGAGGAAGCUCCCCAGCCCUCGGUCAUCAAGCGGGAGCUAAAACGCUUCUUCAAUCGUGUCUCCCAAGCUUCCCAACUUGAAGAGCCGCCUCAGUGUUAUGGAGGCAUUGUUGCAGAUCCAAUGGGACUCGGCAAGACUUUAACCAUGAUAGCGUUAGUAGCAACAGACUUGGACAACGAAAUCCCCAACGACGAUAGUGGCGAGGAGUUCUAUCCGAAAGUGCCGACUACUCUCAUUGUUGUGCCACCUUCUUCGCACCUUAUCCGGAACAGUAACUCACGAAUGUCCCAGGCGAUGUGUGCGCUAGAGUCCAGGUCUCGGUGGGCCGUCACUGGUACACCCAUCCAAAACCGCCUUGGCGACCUUGCCAGCCUAUUCAGGUUUGUCAGAGUCCAUCCCUAUACAGAUCUAAAAUGCUUCGAUGCCGAUAUCUCUCGCCUUUGGAAGACUGGUGAGUAUCAGGAAGCCAUCAAACGACUGAAACGUCUUUCGAAGUGUCUUCUACUCCGGCGAGACAAGGGAACGGUCAGUCUACCGCCCAGGAAAGAUAUGCAAUGCCCUGUCGACUUCAACCCGGAAGAGCGAGCUCUAUACGACAAUUUGCGCGAAAAUACCAUUAUUAGUAUCGACGAAGCCUCGAAGUGUGAUUCGGAUUCCAUCAAACCAGGCAGCUAUGCCAAUGUCCUACAACAGAUCGAGUCACUGCGGCUCGUCUGUAAUAUCGGACUUCACUACCACACGAGACACGACAAAGUCAUAAAGAAUACUCCAGAAGCCGAUGAAUGGGCCAAAACUGCCCAGGCUACUUUUAAUAUGGAGCGAGAGAUGGUUCCCAUAUUUUGUCUACGAUGCUCGUCAGCAUCAGAUAUCACUGAGACGAUCUCAGAAGGCCCAGCUACAACCUCCCAAAACCCUCUGUUCUUCAGUUGCCUUCGUUUUGUCUGUUCUGAGUGUGUGCAGAGCUCGAGACAGAAUAUCGAAUGCGGUCAUAAUCCUCGUUGUGCCGUGGCCCAAGUUUCGACGAGCGGCCAAUCUCUCGAAACAAGUCUGUCUGAUAUGCAACCACAGACGGACAUCGGCCUGCCAUCCAAAGUGAAGGCUCUCAUUACAGACAUUAACAGUUUGCCAUCAUAUGAAAAAUGUGUUAUUUUCUCAACGUGGAGAAUGACGCUUAAAAUCGUCGAAGCUGGUCUGAAGCAGUCCUCUAUUUCAAGUGUCCGGUUUGAUGGCAACGUGCCACAAAAGAGCCGACAGAAUGUUGUGGACAAAUUCAGGAACGAUCCGUCUGUUCGUGUCAUGCUUUUGACUCUAUCUUGCGGUGCGGCUGGUCUCACCUUGACGGUAGCCACUAGAGCCUACCUCAUGGAACCUCACUGGAACCCGACUCUCGAGGAGCAAGCCCUCGCGCGCAUCCAUCGUAUCGGACAGACACAAGAGGUCACUACUGUUCGGUUCUUCAUGCGCAACUCGUUCGAGCACCAAGUUAUGAAAAGACAGGAAUCGAAGAAAUAUCUAGCAGGACUGUUACUCUCGCCACAUGACAACGGGUGUGGGAGCGAGAACUUGGGAAGGCUACAGGAACUAUCAUCUCUUAUUUAA